GGUCAUGUAUUAAGCAGUGCGAGUUGAGCGAGUGUAAUGUGCGAUACAUACAUUACUUUUCGAUUUGUUGCGGGCUUGUUCACAAGUGCAUCGCGUGUUGAUUAUGUAUUUAUGUAUAUUUUUCUAUGCAAGACAGUGAUUUUACAAUAUAACUGAAUGAUUUCCAAAUUAGGAGCAAGUAUUAAACGAAAGACGACGUGAUGAAGGUUGAUCAUGAAAUCGGCGAUAAAGAAUUAUGUCAUUGAUUGUCGAAGCUAAAAUCUAAUCCCAAGUGACUGUAGGAUAAGAUAUCAAUCAACUAUGAAUAAGUUAACUAAUAUACCACCAGAUGUAGAUUUAGAUGAUCCAAAAUUUAGGAUCAGACCUUAUCAACAAAUUGUGGCAUCAUGUACUGGUGCUUGCAUCACGUCCGUUAUUGUUACUCCAUUGGAUGUGGUAAAAAUUCGUCUUCAAGCACAACAGAAGGCAAUGCUUUCAAAUAAAUGCUUUCUUUAUUGUAAUGGUUUAAUGGACCACUUGUGUCCAUGCCCAAAUGGUAAAGAUCCGCUAUGGGCUAGGGGAAAUGGAAAGUUUACUGGCACAAUAGAUGCCCUUACAAAAAUUGGUAAAAAUGAAGGAAUUCUUUCUUUAUGGAGUGGCUUAAGUCCAACUCUUAUUUUAGCAGUACCUGCAACUAUAGCAUACUUUGUUUCAUACGAACAAUUAAGACUGUAUCUUAAGGAUCAAUAUAAUAACAAAUUUAGGAAAGAAAAAAUUAGUGUUAAAUCUAUGGAGCAGCCAUUCUGGAUUCCCAUGUUUGCUGGUGCUACAGCACGUGUUUGGGCUGCAACUUUAGUUAGCCCAUUAGAAUUAAUUAGGACAAAAAUGCAGGCGCAAAAAUUAAGUUAUGCAGAAAUAUUGCAAGCAUUAAAAACUGUUGUCAGUCAUAAUGGUAUAUCUGGAUUAUGGAUGGGAUUAAGUAGCACUCUUUUGCGCGAUGUACCUUUUAGUGCUAUUUACUGGCUUCAUUAUGAGACUAUAAAGCAAACAUUUCGUGGAACACAACAAACUUUUACUUUUAAUCUUGCAGCAGGUGCUAUAGCAGGAUCUAUAGCUGCGUUUUUAACGAUACCGUUUGAUGUAGUAAAAACGCAUAGACAAAUAGAAAUGGGAGAAAAAGAGAUCUAUUCAGGUAAUAAACCCGGACGCAGUAGAGGAACUUGGUCUAUAAUAGGAAAAAUUUACAGACAAAACGGCGUGAAAGGUUUAUUCACAGGAUUGAUCCCACGAAUAAUAAAAGUGGCUCCAGCUUGCGCGAUAAUGAUCGCAACAUUCGAACACGGCAAGCGAUUCUUUCAGACAUACAAUGCUAACACAAUACUUCAACGUGAAAAUAACUUACAGUACCUACAACACAAAAAGAAUAACGACGAAUGACAUGUAUAUUUUGUUAUGUACCAUAAAAUCCCUUUCAAUCUAACGAAUAAAUUUUAUUCAAAACUUCUUUGAGUUUCUCACGGAGAA